CCGGAAGUGUCACUUUAACUGAGUAGCUUGACACUGGUGGCAGGAAUGGCGGCUAAGAUUACUAGAGGAAGGAACCAAAAGAAACUUUACUUCUAACGGCCCCGCUGAGGAAUUUAUUUUCAACGACACGUAGAAACACCAUCCCAUAACGGAAUAAAGGGACAAGAAGUGCUAUAACGUGAGCAUAACGCGGUAGAUGUCCAUUAUAAGGAGGUGGACGCACUUUGCGACUUGCUAGUUAGCUUAACGUCAGUGACACUGACUUUGAUUCAAGGUAGCUGUUAGCUCGCUGUGCUACUAGCCAGCUGUUGGCUACUGGGCUUGGCUGGCCCAACAAGUUAACUAACGUUAAGUGGUUAACUGUAUGAAAACAUUCCUUAUUUGCACAUUUGAGCGGUGUCCAGCCGUCGUUGUCAACAGUUAGCAUUAGGGUCUUACCAGAGAGUGGGAUUAGACGACAACAAGAACAUUAUUACUGCUGACCUAGCUGGUGCAGUAACGCCUGAAGUCUCGCCCAUUUUUUGGAUUCUGCCCCAGCCAUUGGCUUAGGGCUAAUCAACAGCCAAGUUGUCCAGUUUUCAGGGUCGAUUUGUACUACGAUGGAAAGUCUAACGCUGACUGAUGUCGAGCAGAAAUAUUACUCGGAUUUAUUCGUCUAUUGCGACACGGACAACACCAAAAAAGUGGCUUCCAAUGGGAGAGUUCUUGACCUUUUCCGGGCGGCCCAGCUACCCAGCGAAGUUGUCCUGCAGAUCACAGAGCUGUGUGGAGCCACUCGGCUGGGUCACUUUGGGCGGAGCCAGUUCUACAUCGCUCUGAAGCUCAUUGCCAUUGCCCAGUCGGGUCUGCCGCUGAGGGUGGAAAGCCUCAACUCAGUCAAAGACCUGCCGCUGCCCAGGUUCGUGGUGGGGAAGAAUGAGGCGGAGGCGAGGCACGCAGCGCUGUACCAGGACGCAGACAGUCAGGGGUUGUACCCAGCCUCUGCCGCCGCAGUAAUGCCCAGACCACCAGGCAGGGGUUUCCAAAACAAGAAAGCUCCCCCAUCAUCCACUUCACUUCCUGCCCACGAGGUCAUCCAGCCCCUGGCACCCAGCAUAGACCCACAGCCCGAACCGACGUCCCCCGUGGUCUCCCCUCACCAGUCUCCCCCCACCUCCCCUCCCUCGUGGCGGAAACACAAGCGACAGCCCAGUGGAGGAAACGCAGACAGACAGCCGGUGGUGGUCCCAACUGGAGCUGUGUGGACGCAGUUCCGAGAACCACAAGCAGGUCCAGUGCCCGGUGAAGGAAUGUGGCCGUCCCGCUCGCCCCCGCCUCUGAGUCAGGAAAGCUGGGUCAGUUUCACAGCCGACACCCCGCCAUCCAGCACGAUCCCAGGGAUGCAUCCCUCGUCAGUCCAGGAAAGCACAACAAUACGAACUGUGGCCUCAGCAGCAAUGACCAAUGAGAUCCAGCGACAGUCCAGCGGCUACGACGAUCCGUGGAAGAUCACAGACGAGCAGAGACAGUAUUAUAUUAACCAGUUCAAAACCAUCCAGUCAGACCUCACCGGCUUCAUACCUGGUUCCGCUGCAAAAGAGUUCUUCACCAAAUCCAAACUACCGAUUUUAGAGUUAUCACAUAUUUGGGAGCUGUCAGACUUCGAUAAAGACGGAGCGCUGACCCGGAGAUUGCGCCGCUUCCCGGGGUUGUGGCCAGGAAGAAGGCUACGCCCUCCCGUUCCUGAGCAGACUGCUGAUGUUGGAUACUCGGGCUCCCCGGUGGAGGUCACCCCCAGCAAGUCUCCCUCCAUGCCUUCCCUCAACCAGGCCUGGCCAGAAAUGAACCAGAGCAAUGAGCAGUGGGAGACGUUUAGCGAGCGCUCCUCCAGCUCACAAACUCUGACCCAAUUUGACUCUAACAUUGCACCAGCUGACCCUGACACGGCCAUUGUGCACCCUGUUCCCAUCCGGAUGACACCCAGUAAGAUCCACAUGCAGGAGAUGGAGCUGAAGAGAACUGGCAGCGACCACAACCACCCGACCAGUCCGCUAUUGGCUAAACCUCCCGAACUGUCUGAAGAAGCCCAAUUACCUGCCUCCAUGAAGUUUGUAGCCGCCAAGACUGUAGGUGAUGGUUACAGCAGUUCAGACUCCUUCACCUCAGACCAGGAGCCAAUCACAAGACAACGGUCUCAGUCGGGAACGUCUCCGGAGGCUCUGAAGGUGGUGGCCCCCCCUCCACCUCCCCCCCGCCCCCACCCCUCUCACUCUCGCUCCUCGUCUCUCGACAUGAACCGCACCUUUGCUGCCGCGUCUGCUGCAGGACAACCCCAGUCCUCUACGAUAGCUUACCCCCCCGCUGUCCCCCCUCGACCCCCCCCCCCACAGGAAAAACGCAGAAAUCAGGGACGUAGAAACCACACCCGGGCAUCGGCGGGGCGGGAGGGUGCAUCAGGAGCCGGGAAAGGCUCACCCCCCACCACCCCCCCCCCCAACGCCCUCCCCAAAACCUGGCGCCGAAGGUUAAAUCAAGACGACUACGCCGGGACAGCACACGGUCCAAAAAUUAAACGUCAACCUGUCCUCGACUCACCGUCCUCCCCCAGGUCAGUAGGAAAGGACAAAAAGGCGAUCCAAGCUUCAAUCAGAAGAAACAAAGAGACAAACACAGUGUUGGCACGACUUAACAGUGAAUUGCAGCAACAGCUGAAGGACCUUCUUGAAGAGAGGAUAUCCCUGGAAGUCCAGCUGGAGCAGCUCAGACCUUUCUCUCAUCUUUAACCAACGUGAAGAGGAGAACUCGGCUGUAGUCCAUCUGAAGCAAAACUGUGGCCCUUGGUGUGACUCUCCCUCCACCCCUCCCUCCUCCUCCCACCAUCUCGGCUUUCCCUGGAGCCUCCGACCUGCUGCAGGGUGCUCCGUUAAUACUCUUACGCUCAACUAACACUUGUAUUAAUCAUAUACCGGAAGGACAUGAGAGCAAAGUCUUACCAAGAGGAGGAGGCGACAGGAGCAUCGGGGGGGGGGGGGGGAUUUUACAAACUGGCACUUUUCAAAUUUCUCUAAAGAGAGGUGAGCGCGAGGACAACAGCAGUCUGAGAAAUGGUUAGGAGUGACAGACCAGACGCUCCACCUGCGAGUGCCGUCUGAAGACAAACUGCUGGUGUCUGACUACUCUCCGAAUGACUGAAGAAGGAAGGCGGAGUGUGUUUGUUGUGUGUGACCGUUUGUGUAUUUGUGUUUCUGUUUAGUGACUUGAAGCUAGCAACAAUAUGUUUCUUCUGUCUUGGGGUGCUGUGCCGCACAAAACUCCUAAAUUAAAAGAAGCAAUUUAGUGCUUUUUGGGGAAAUGCGCUUCUUCAGGUUUCUUUUUUUAGAGUUGGAUGAGAAGAUCCAUAUCAAUAUUAUGUGUGAGUACAGAGAUGGGGGCUACGAUUAUCUUAGCUUAGCAUAAAGACUGGUAGCAGGGGGAAACCGCUAUCCUGGCUCUGUCCAAAGUUCAAAACUACACCUACCAUCACCUCUAAAAUGAACAUGUUAAUAUGUGGUCUGUCGUUUGCUUAGUCUGUACAAAAACAGAGCAGUAAAAACAACAAUUUGCAAUUUUGGGGAGAGUUUAGUGCUAAAACUGCUGGAAAUGAAGGAAAGCGUGUGUUUCUAAAGUAGUUUAACUAUUCCUUGGUCUUCUCACUUAUCGGUGUACCUACUUUUCUACUGCUGAUAAUACCUAGUCCAAGCUGGGCAAUAAUUGUGGAAAACGGGACUCUAAAAGCAUUUCUGCUUUAAAUAUCAUCAAAGGCCGUCUCUCUCAUGAACAUUUGCCUCCCAAAUGUCACCAUUUAUUAAAUAAUCUGGUAAAAAAUAAGUCACAGAGACUUGCUGCAAUACAUUUUAGAGGCUUUGAAAACAUGAACUUCUACCAGAAAUCUGCCAGUAAGCAAGAAAUGUCACAUAGAUUUCUUUUUGAUUUUUUUUUUUUUGCUGGAGUUUUGGUGUGGUCAGUCUCUCCAUAAAACAUACUGGGCUACUUCUGGAAAGGAUUUUCUGUCUGUUUUUGUGAGGCCUUUAAUGGCCAAAAUAUUAUGGUGAAGGUUUUUUUUUUUCUUCUUUUUUACUCAUCCUGUGACACCUCUCUCUCGCUCUCUUGUCUUACUGCCCCUUGAAGUCUACAUAUGUGUGUUGAUGGCAUGAUAGGGUGAAUGAAUGUCUUUGAGGUUUGAUGUGACUGAAUGGUUUAACUUGAUGCCAAAUGACUGAACUAUCACCCUGCUCUUUCACCUUGACUCGGGCUUUGUUUAAAAAGAAAAGAAAGAUAAGAAAUGACAACUCUUUUCCCUUUCUUCACGUUUCUGUUGAUUCAUUUCCAAACAGAGCUGUGCGUCAACAUUCUUUUUAAACAUGUUAUACUUGGUUGCUGUUUUCAUUUCCCCGUCUUUUACCUUCACCUGGACGGGAAACCAUUUAGCCAAAACAGACAUUUACUUGAAGGGGUUUGAAGAUAAUACCAGCUGCUCGCCUGCAGGAGGCAGCAAUUACUGUAUGAAGAAUUGUUCUGCUGAUCAGCGAGAAGUUUCGCUGUGACUUUCUGAUCAGCAAAAACAAAUGCACAAAUCCAAACUGAUGGUGAAGGUAUGAGUUUAAGAUAUUCAGCUGUUUUCCAAUCGGACAGUCUGCACUAUGCAAGUACGGGUGAUACAUCCUCACACACCACCUCUACUUAGCUGUUUGUACUUGGUCAUUGGUUUGUACUAUGACAGUAGCAACUGUGUGAACAGUAUACUCUGGUUUUUGUAUCUUAAAUCUUCCAGAACAACAGCUACUGUAUGCUUGUCACACACACACACACACCCCACCCCACCCUAAAUCUGCAAGAUGUGACCCUUGCUGGGUGUAGAUGAAGCUCAACAGGACGACAGACAGAGACCAGUCAACAGAAUGGAAGACCUGGAUGACCCUACUGCACUUUGAACUUACCCUCCCUACCCUUCUUCUUUCUUUUUAUAUUUUUUUGUUACAUCCUUCUGCUUUCUUUUAACGUUUGAAUAUUUUGUCUUUCACAUGUAUUUAAAAAAAAAAAAAAAAAAGAUGCUUUAAGAAGAAAAAAAGAAAUAAUGAACCACUUAAGUUUUUAUUUCUUCAGUACAUCCUUGGAAACUAAGAGGUUGUUGUGCCAGUACCCUUAAAUAUCCCGUCGUCUUUGGUUAGAUAUUUUUUUAUUUUUAUAAAUGUUUUUGUCCCUGGAACUUCCUGUGUGUUCUCUUAAAGCCUUACCCCCCUCCCCCCCGCUAGCGUUUCCAGUGUGUGUGUGUGUGUGUGUGUGAUAUUGUCUCCAGACCUAGAACUAAUACCAUUGAAAACCUUCAUGUGGGAUUGAUUUAUGCUCGCUAGCACAAUAGCUCCCCAUUCAUCCGCAAACCCUAAAGGCAAUCCAGGCAGGCAGAAGCAAUCACAAAGUCUUUGGUGGGAUUUUGAAUGCUAUUUGAACCAAGAUCUGUGUUGUAUAUUGUACAUGAUACACACUUUUGGACUUGUGUAAAUUUGCAUUAAUUGCUGACUAACAGCGAAAGAAUAUUAUAUUUAAUUCCUUAUCUCUUGGCUGUGGGAUCCUAGAUGUGUAACUGCAUGGAUGUACUGUAUCUCUGCAGAGUCAACUAGCAGCUGUGUGAUUUUUACACAAAAAUAAAAACGGCACAAUAUUUUAAA